AUCCUCUUUCUUUUUUUUCCUUUCCUUAUCUCUCUCUCUUGUUCCUUUUUUCCCUAUACCAUAGGGUUCUCUUAUUCUCUCUCAUAUCUUCUUAUGCUCAUCUCUUUCUUCAACACAAUCAAAGCUGCUGAGUUCUUCAUCCUCUUCGUCAUCGUCAGAUCUUUCGUUUUUGCUCUCUCCCACGGGUUUUCGCUUGUUGAAUCAAGCGCCUUCGUUUUUCCUGGGAAGUUCGAGCUCAAAUCAUGUCUCAAAUCUUCAGUUUCGCUGGUGAAAAUGAUUUUUACCGUCGUGGUGGCUCAGUAUACUCAAACCCGAAUGAAGUUAACCUAUUGCUAUCGCUUGGUAGCCUCGUUGAUUCCUAUUACCCUCCUUGCAAGAGAUCUCGUGUCGUCGCGCCUUCUUCUUCUUCGCUCUUCAGUGCUUUUGAGGAGGAGAAGAAGACAGUCUCUAUCGAUGUGCUUCCUGACGAGUGCCUAUUCGAGAUCUUCAGACGUUUACCUGGACCACAAGAGAGAAGCUCCUGCGCUUCUGUGUCAAAACACUGGCUUUCACUUGUGACUAGCAUCCGACAGAACGAGCUUGAUGUUAAUGUUGUUUCCAACAAAAGUGAUGAUGAUUGUGAAGGAUGUUUAUCUAGGAGCUUAGAUGGGAAGAAGGCAACUGAUGUUAGACUAGCUGCUAUUGCUGUCGGGACAGCUGGCCGUGGUGGGCUUGGGAAGCUAUCUAUUCGUGGGAGUGGUGUUAGUAAGGUUUCGGAUGUUGGUCUUAGGUCUAUUGGUCGGAGCUGCUUUUCUCUUGGAUCUCUUUCGCUGUCUAACCUUUCCACCGUUACUGACAAUGGUCUCUUGGAGAUUGCUGAAGGGUGUUCGCAGCUUGAGAAGCUUGAUCUUAGCCGUUGCAAUGCUAUCACUGACAAGGGUUUGGUAGCGAUUGCUGAGAAGUGUCCUAACUUGAGUGAGCUUACAUUGGAGGCUUGUUCAAGCAUUGGAGAUGAAGGGAUUCAAGCUGUUGCGAGAUCCUGCUCCAAGCUUAAGUCAGUUUCUAUCAAGAACUGUCCUCUGGUUAGAGAUCAGGGAAUCGCUGCUCUAUUGUCUAACACCACGUAUUCCUUGAAGAAGCUUAAGCUUCAGAUGCUUAAUGUCACUGAUGUGUCUCUUGCGGUUGUGGGUCAUUACGGCUUGUCGGUCACUGAGCUUGUGCUCGCUGGUUUGUCACACGUUACAGAGAAGGGAUUCUGGGUGAUGGGAAAUGGUAUUGGGUUGCAAAAGUUGAACUCUUUAACCAUCACAGCCUGCCAGGGAGUGACUGACAUGGGGAUUGAAUCUGUGGGGAAAGGUUGCCCUAACAUGAAGAAGGCGUUGAUUAGUAAAUCUCCCUUGUUGUCUGACAAGGGUUUGGUCUCUUUUGCGAAAGGUUCAUUGUCACUGGAGAGUGUUCAGCUUGAAGAGUGCCACAGGGUCACCCAGUUUGGGUUUUUUGGUUCUCUUUUGAACUGUGGUGCAAAGCUGAAGGCUUUCUCUAUGGUGAACUGUUUGGGGAUUAGAGAUCUCACCACUGGAUUACCUGCUUCAUCUCACUGCAGCGGUCUACGCUCUCUGUCUGUUCGUAACUGCCCUGGCUUUGGAGAUGCAAACCUUGCUGCUGUUGGGAAGCUAUGCCCUCAGCUAGAAGAUAUUGAGCUGUGUGGGCUCAAGGGAGUAACAGAGUCUGGGUUUCUACAUCUACUUCAGAGCUCUCUUGUGAAGGUGAACUUCAGUGGCUGUUCCAGUUUGACAGACAGAGUUGUCUCUGCCAUCUCUGUUCGUAACGGUUGGACUCUCGAAGCAUUGAACAUGGAUGGAUGUACCAAGAUCUCUGACGCCAGUCUAGUCUCCAUUGCAGCAAACUGCCAGAUUCUAAGUGAUUUGGAUCUUUCGAAAUGCUCCGUCUCAGAUUCCGGAAUUCAAGCAUUGGCUUCCUCUGGAAAACUCAAACUUCAGAUCCUAUCCAUGGCAGGUUGCUCUAUGGUCACUGACAAGAGCUUACCAGCCAUUGUCAAGUUGGGUUCGACUUUACUGGGAUUAAAUCUCCAACAGUGUCGAUCCAUUUCCUGCUCCACUGUCGACUUCUUAGUCGAGCGGCUUUACAAAUGCGACAUCCUCGCUUGAUCCACCAAUUCCACGUUCCACUUUAUCCACCUACUAUAUAAUGAAGGUAUCUUAGUACUGUUCCAAGUUAAGUGUCAGCUCUUUUUCAGGCUCUGUGAUCUACGCGUGUCUCUCUCGGUGUUACCCGGUUUUCCUUAUUUUUUUCCAAGUAGUUCGGCUUCCGGUUUCUUUUUUUCCAGUCAAUGGUGUUUUUGCAGGGGUUUCCUUUUGAUCAAGGAAACUCUCUAGCUUUCAAUGAAACCGGAAUGUCGUGUGGUUGCUUGAGAAUAUACUUUACCGGGUAUACCGAGAUUUUAGGGUCUAUCAUCUCCUGUUUCGUUUUUCUUUGCGUUGCUUGUCUUGUUUAAGUUUGGUUUUCCUCGAAAGGGUCUUCGUGUGAUGUGUACGUGUUCAAAGGUUUUGUUCAGUUGCCAUGGGUUCGUUCUUAGAGGUUUGCUCUGGCUUUUGUUGCAACAAACUCUAUUCAAGAGUUUUUUUCUUGUUGUUUUUUGCCAGAGCCCUCGUUUUUUUUUCCAUGCACUGUAAUAUGAUCUGUAUGAACACUGUACUAAGUUAUGUGUAUUGCCCUUUGGGAUGGUUUAAUGAAAGUAUGGAAUAAAAUUCUCUUUUCGUUGUAUUUUUUUUAGUAUAUCCUUUCGAGAUCUGAGAAAUUAUUACACCUUUAAAAUCUGUGUAUGGGACAGAGAAUCGGAUUGUAUGUGGAAACCUGACUUUUUGACUUUGAUUUACGUUUGGUUGUGUCCAAUCAAAAACGAAAUGUGCUGUUCAAUGAAUGUGGUCGACUAGUCGAAUCUGGCCAACGAUAAUAUUUGUGUGGAUACGAUAUGAUUUGAGUGGGAUUAUAAUAAAG